CCUGUCCACGCAUGGACAUCGUGGCAUAAAGUGCGACGUCCCUGGCGCACGGACCUCGCGGACCUGCGGGGGUGCCGGGGGACAAGGCGGAACGGGUUUGGAGCGGCGACGGCGGCGAGCUGCCCGGCGGGGCUACUCUCUUCUUCCCGGACCACCGGCGCACGCGCACGUCCACUAAAAUAUAUCACUGUAAAAAUCAGAAUAUAUCGGAGUUCUAUCUUUUACCUUUUUUAUUUAAUUUACCAGUAGAUAGGACCCGACAUUUGGUCCUUCGUCAUUACCAGCGAUUUGGAGUGCAGCUUGGACUUUGCAUAACUCCUUUGUCCAAGAAGAGCCACGUGGGACGGAAACAAAGGAACAUCAAGAGGAGCAUUGGGACGACAGGAUUGGGCUUACAGAGUGAGAUCGUUCCAAUUUUAUUUCCUAUAUUUCUACAUAUUUUUCCUUUCCUAGCCUUUUUGAGAAAUUUUGCAUUUUUAUUAUUAUAAAAUAAUUACUGCCAUAGUAAUUGUUAAUUUAAGCAACUGUUAAAUUUAAAAAUAAUUGUUCAAUAACGCUUACAUCGCACGUACCUAUUGCAUCAGCCACGCGCAUCCCGCACGCGGUACCAACGCGACCACGUGCAUCGAUAGGUUAUUUGCCUAUCGAACUUGUUUUGCAGUGCCUUAUCUAUUCUAUUGUUUCAUUUCAAUAACAAGGUUAAAUAUUUCCCACGGUUAUUAUCUUCCAUAUUUCGUACUAUUACGCAUUUCUACUAAAAUGACUGAUAAAUUACUCAUCAAAAAGCGAAGUUCAAUGAAGGCUAAGCUCACUCAUUUCAAUAAUCAUUUACAGCUUUUAUUGAGCAGCGAAUGCUUAUCCAAGUUACAGCGCAGAGACUUAGAAAGCCGCUUCGAUAAAUUCAUAAAAAUUUACGAUGAAUUUGAUAAUUUACAGACCGAGAUCGAGAUGCAUUCAGACAAUUUAGAGGAGGCUUAUGAGGCUCGAGCCCAAUUUGAAGAGCAAUAUCACUCACUGAUUGCACAAGCGCAGACCCUACUCGCUGACAAUCCUGACGAGGAUAUAAAGCGCGACUCUGGUGGGUUUGUAACGGGCUCAGAAGAUGGACCAGCAUUGGUUCGAGUCGUCAGCUCAAACAGUGAAAAACACACUGCGCGAAUGUUACUCGACAACGGGAGUACAUCCAACUUUAUAACUGAGAGUCUAUGUGAUAAGCUGAAUCUACCAAGGUCUAGUGCAAGCUCCAUGGUUACAGAUGCAUCAGAGACCGCUUACGGUGCAUGUGUCUACAUUCGCUCUGUCGAUAGCAACGGGUUCAUUACGGUACGCCUGCUUAUUUCUAAAAGUCGUGUAGCCCCAAUCAAACCAACCACUACUCCGCGAUUAGAGUUAUGCGGUGCGUUACUAGGUUCAAGACUGUGUACUAAGGUAAAGGAGUCUAUCACUAUACCUAUACAUUCAUGUUAUUUUUGGUGCGAUUCAACUAUUGUUCUGGGUUGGCUAAAAACUUCCACUAGUCAACUUAAGAAAUUUGUUGCCAAUCGGGUAAAUGAAAUUCAGGAGAACACUUCUGGUAGCACAUGGAGCUACGUACCAUCUAAAUUAAAUCCAUCCGAUAUUCUUAGUCGUGGUCUGAGGUCUGAUCUUAUUCGCGAUUGUAAAAUAUGGUGGGAUGGACCUCAGUUCUUAGAGAAAGAUGAGAGUUUUUGGCCUAGUUUACCUAAAAUAUCGAAAGAAAAUUUGCCAGAAACUAUUUGCAAUUUGUCUGUAACUAAUUCCAGUAAAAAUAAUUAUGAAAAUAAAAUUACUCAAAGUCUAGUUAACCUUUCUAUUUUACAAAAUUUAAUAGAUAAAUAUUCAGACAUAAAUAAAUUACAAAGAGUAGUAGCGUACAUAUUAAGAUUUAUUUAUAAUUUAAAAAAUAAAAAUAAUAAAAUUAAAGGUUUUUUAACGUGUACAGAAUUACAAAAUUCACUAAACUUAAUUUUACACGCUUCACAACUAGAAAUGUUCCCAGAGGAAUAUUCGUUAUUAAAAGAAGGUAAAAGUUUACCUCGUAAAAAUAGACUGAUUUCGUUAACGCCUUUUUUAGAUGCUAACAACCUCAUUCGCGUAGGCGGCAGGCUUGCUAACUCGCAAUACGAUUAUAAUGUGAAGCAUUCAGUAAUUUUGUGUAAUAAGCAUCCUUUAACAAAAAUUAUAUUUAGAAAUGCUCACGAAAGGCUGCUUCAUGGCGGACCUCAACUACUUUUAUCAUUUAUUCGUCAAUCUUAUUGGCCACUAGGUGGCAGAAAUUUAGCUAAAGGUAUUGUUAAUAAAUGUGUUCAAUGUUUUAGGCAGAAGGCCACUAGCAUACAGCCUAUUAUGGGCCAAUCGCCGGCAUGUAGGAGUGCUCUAGAAUUUCCCUUCCUCCACUGUAGUGCCGACUACGGCGGGCCAAUAUUGAUAGCCGACCGUAAAGGGCGAGGCUGUAAAUUGAUCAAAUCUUACUUAUGCAUUUUUACCUGUUUGGCCGUCAAAGCUGUGCACCUAGAGCUCGUUACUGACCUAACAAAGGAAGCUUAUUUAGCGACUCUUAAUCGUUUUAUUUCUCGUCGGGGUAAACCACAAUCUAUCAUGUCCGAUAACGGUACCAAUUUUGUAGGUGCCGCUAAUCUAAUUAAUAAUAUGUUACAGGAGUCUAAUGCUAUAUCCACUAUUUCCCAGGAGGGCAUCGAGUUCUCUUUCUCUCCAGCAUACUCACCGCAUUUCAAUGGUGUGGCUGAAGCUGCUGUACGCUGCACUAAGUAUCAUUUAAAAAGGUUGCUUAAAUUAACAAACUUAACAUAUGAGGAGAUGGCAACUCUAUUAACACAAAUAGAAGGCAUUUUAAAUUCCCGUCCUAUAACACCUCUAUCCAACGAACCCUCAGACCUUACCGCCCUUACUCCUUCACACUUCUUGAUUGGACGGCCACUCUUGUCAGUUCCACAUCCAUGCGUCUCCGAUGUCUCUAUAACAUCCCUGGAGCGCUACAAGCGGGUGGAACUCUUAAGGCAACAUUUCUGGAACCGCUUCCAUAACGAGUAUGUUCUCCUGCUUCAACAGAAAACCAAAUGGACGGCUGCAUCUAGUGCUCUAUCGGAGGGCGCUCUUGUUCUCGUGAAGGACAAGUCGCUGCCUCCUCUUCUAUGGCUGCUGGGGCGAGUCCAGAAGGUGUACCCAGGCGGAGACGGUGUCGUGAGGGUCGCCGACAUCUUGACACGCAAGGGGACAUUGCGGCGUGGAUUCAACAACAUCUGUCCACUUCCUAUUGAAGAUAACUCUUCAACCCGGGCAGCAUGUCCACGCAUGGACAUCGUGGCAUAAAGUGCGACGUCCCUGGCGCACGGACCUCGCGGACCUGCGGGGGUGCCGGGGGACAAGGCGGAACGGGUUUGGAGCGGCGACGGCGGCGAGCUGCCCGGCGGGGCUACUCUCUUCUUCCCGGACCACCGGCGCACGCGCACGUCCACUAAAAUAUAUCACUGUAAAAAUCAGAAUAUAUCGGAGUUCUAUCUUU